GGUUCGAGUCCCGGCGCGGGCGGAGGGGAGCGACGCGUAUCCCGGGAUUGGGGGGUGGGGGGGGGUCGUCGCGACAUCAGGGUUGUCGCGACAUCGGGGGGGUCCUAUCGGAGCCCCCCCCCCAACAUGGCUCGGGAUAAGGAGAAGCGGAGCUGCGGGCAGAUAUGGGCCGAAUGGAAGGCGUUCGUAUGGGACCCCCGGACCCGGCAGUUCCUGGGUAGAACAGGGAGCAGUUGGGGCCUGAUCCUGCUCUUCUACCUGGUGUUCUAUGGGUUCCUGACGGGGCUCUUCGCCCUCACCAUGUGGGUGAUGCUCCAGAGCGUGGAUCCCCACGUGCCCAAGUACCAGGAUCAGCUCCUCACCCCCGGGAUGAUGAUCCGCCCGUGCGCCGAAGGCCUCGAUGUCACCUUCAAUGUGUCCCACAGCCAGACCUGGCUCCACUAUGUCCGUGCCCUGCACCAGUUCCUGGAGCCCUACAACGACAGCGUCCAGGCCUCCCGCAACGCCGCCUGCGCCCCGGGCCGCUACAACGAGCAACCGGACGACGCGGUGCCCAACGUGCCCAAGCGCGCCUGUCGCUUCAACCGCAGCGCGCUAGGACCCUGCGCGGGGCUGGGGCCGCCCCACACCGAGACCUACGGCUAUGGCUCCGGCCAGCCCUGCGUGCUCGUCAAGAUCAAUAGGGUCAUCAACUUCUUCCCUGGGAGGAACAAGAGCAUCAACGUGGUCUGUGCAGCAAAGCGAGAGGAAGACGCCGCCCUCCUGGGUCCUCUCCAGCUCUUCCCACCCAACGGCUCCAUCGACCUCAUGUACUUCCCCUACUACGGGAAGAGGGUCCAUGCUCCCUAUAGGUGGCGUUGGACCCCCUAUUGGCCCCAUAGGCUGCCGAGCGGCCCCGUUGCAGGUGAACUACACGCAGCCGGUGGUGGCCGUGCUCUUCGCCAACGCCACGGCCAACGUGGAGCAUCACGUCGAGUGCCGCCUCCGCGCCGACGGGCUCCGCAGCGACGACGAGCGCGACAAGUUCGCCGGGAGAGUCGCCUUCCGGCUCCGCAUCAACCGCGACUGAGACCCGCUUGCCUCCCAGUUACCUCCCAGUUGCCUCCCAGUUGCUCCCAGUUACCUCCCAGUUCUUCUCGGUUGCCUCCCAGUUAGUCCCGUUUGACUCGGAGUUCGUGCCGGUUGCGUCCCAGUUACUCCCGGUUGACUCCAAGUUAGUCCCAGUUAGUCCCAGUUGCCUCCCGGUUACUCCUGGUUACUCCUAGUUCCUUCCAGUUGAUCCCAGUUCACUCCCAGUUACUCCCAGUUGCCUCCUGGUUACUCCCAGUUACCUCCCAGUUACUCCCAGUUACCCCCUAGUUACUCCCAGUUCACUCCCAGUUCACUCCCAGUUACUCCCAGUUACUCCCAGUUACUCCCAGUUAGUCCCAGUUAGUCCCAGUUAGUCCCAGUUACCUCCCAGUUUGUCCCAGUUUGUCCCAGUUUGUCCCAGUUACUCCCAGUUCCAUCCCAGUCUCCUCCCAGUUCCUUCCAAUUAGUCCCAAUUACCUCCAGUUGCCUCCCAGUUCCUCCCAAUUAGUCCCAGUUACCUCCAGUUACUCCCAGUUAGUCCCAGUUCCGUCCCAGGUACCUCCAGUUGCCUCCCAGUUACUCCCAAUUAGUCCCAGUUUCUCCCAGUUGCCUUCCAGUUCCCCCCCAGUUAGUACCAGUUAUCCUCAGUUACUCCCAGUUCCAUCCCAGUUGCUCCCAGUUGCCUUCCAGUUACUCCCAGUUAGUCCCAGUUCCACCCAGUUAGUCCCAGUUCACUCCAAGUUAGUCCCAGUUAGUCCCAAUUACCCCCAGUUACCUCCCAGUUACCUCCAGUUGCCUCCCAGUUACUCCCAAUUAGUCCCAGUUCCUCCCAGUUGCCUUAUAGUUACUCCCAGUUCCAUCCCAGUUGCUCCCAGUUCCCCCCAGUUGGUCCCAGUUACCCUCAGUUACUCCCAGUUCCAUCCCAGUCCCCUCCCAGUUCGUCCCAAUUACCUCCAGUUGCCUCCCAGUUACUCCCAAUUAGUCCCAGUUAGUCCCAGUUGCCUUCCAAUUACUCCCAGUUAGUCCCAGUUGGCUCCCAGUUCCUUCCAGUUCCACCCAGUUCCCUCCCAGUUACUCCCAAUCAGUCCCAGUUACUCUCAGUUACCUCCCAGUUAAUCCCAGUUGCCUUCAGUUCCCUCCCAGUUGCUCCCAGUCCCUCCCAGUUGCUCCCAGUUCCCCCUCCCCACAUUGAGUCGGGUCUAAUGGUCCCUUUGGCUGCUCCUAAUCGAAAGGGUAAUAAAUGUAUAUAGGUGGUUUUCUA